AUGGUCGCGGCUCCCUUGCAGGCUUGGGCGCGGGGCCUGCGGGACCUGACCGGCGAUGGGGGGGUGCGCAAGGCGGAGCUGCGCCCCGGCAGCGGGCCGGCCGUGCCCCCGGCUGCCUCCGCCGCAGUUUUCUCCCCAUUCCUUGCUUUGGGCUGCACAGUGAAGUACUCCGGGUACCUGGAACACCGGGAUGUCCCCUUCUGCACAAACGGCUACGACAGGUCUCCUGGGCUGAUGAAACUUGGAAAAGACAUUACGUUGCGGGGCCUGGAAAUUGGCCUGCUGACAAUGAAGAAGGGAGAGGUGGCAAGAUUUGUCUUCACACCAGAUUAUGCUUACGGGUACCAGGGCUGUCCUCCUCUCAUUCCUCCAAAUGCCAUGGUCAUGUUCGAAGUGGAGGUGCUGGACUUCCUAGAUUCGGAUGAAUCUGACAGAUUCUUUGAGUUGACUGCUGAGCAGCAGGAUACGUUUCCGCUACAAAAGGUGUUGAAAGUGGCAGACACGGAGAGAGAGUUUGGCAACUACCUCUACCGUAAGCAGCACUUCGAGAGUGCCAAAGACAGAUACAAAAGGGCAUUCUCCAUCCUUGGUCGCAGCCCUUCCAGUGAGGCAGAGCAGUGUCAGAUCGAUGCUUCCAGGUUGCUGGUGCUCCUGAAUCUCUCACUUACUUACCUGAAACUAGAACGUCCUGCCCAAGCUUUGGCAUAUGGGGAAAAGGCCUUGGAAAUUGAUCGAAGAAACGCCAAAGCGCUGUUCAGGUGUGGCCAGGCUUGUCUCUGCAUGACAGAAUACGAAAAAGCCCGGGAUUUCCUGGUCAGAGCUCAGCGUAUACAGCCAUUUAACCAUGAUAUUAACAAUGAGCUGAAGAAGUUGGCAAGCUGCUACAAGAACUACAUGGAAAAGGAGAAAAAAAUGUGCUGCCGAAUGUUCACUCCUCUCAGUUCUUCUGACUGACUGGAAAUAAAGGACCUUGCCAGCACAUGAGCAGAGCAGUUCAUGAGCAGAAAGGAGACCUACCUCUGGGCACAUUGGAGAUCUUGCCAUCGCAUCUGUGGUUUGGGAAAAGGGGCAAGAGUGCUCUCUUGUUUUGGGAGUGUGAAGUGGAGGUUCUGUGUCUAUAUGCAAGCUGAUUUUCCUGAAGUUGGUUUUGUUUACCGUAUUCUGAGGCUGUUUCCAGACAAACCAAGUCCUGCUGUAGGAGAGAGGAAGGUGUUCCCUCUCCCCGGCAUACUCUUUGAAGAAAACUCUUUCUUGACUUCCUACAUCUUGCAGGUUCUGGGCUGCUUUUAGGGAAUCUGUAAAUGGGAGUAGGAUGCCAUGAAGUUUUGUAUUGUUUAUAUGGGUUAUUCUUUAAAAAAUUGUUUGAUAUUUUUGUUCUGAGAAAAAUAAACCAACCUGAGAACUAA